CGAAGAUCGAUAUGUGGCGGUCGGCCGUCCAGAGGAGUCAGAAGUGGACGCGCAUUGAGCGCCUGGAGCGCAAACAGGAGGACUACCAACGGCUGUCCACUUUGCCGUUCAUGGCCUUUGUGUUGGUCUCAUUUGGCACUCAUAUAUUCAGCAAAAUCUUUGCACUUUUGGGAUGCAAUGGUUGCGGCAAAACAACUCUGUCGCGACUCAUUUUAGGCGUACUUAAGCCCACUUACGGCACAAUCCAUGUGUUUGGUGAACAGCCCGGCGCUAAACGCUCCGGUAUUCCGGGUCCACGGGUCGGGUAUAUGCCUCAAGACAUCGCUCUCUACGCGGAUCUAACCAUAAAACAGAUUCUCUUCUAUUAUGCGAUGAUAUAUGAAAUGAAAACUCAAUUAAUUGAGACACGGAUUGAAGAGUUUAUGGAUUUAUUAGAUUUGCCACAAAAAGACCUAUUCAUCAGUGAAUUAAGUGGUGGACAACAGAGACUGGUAUCCAUUGCCGUCACAAUAAUCCAUAAGCCGUGGCUACUGGUGCUCGACGAGCCCACUGUGGGCUUGGAUUCAAUACUCAGGGCCCGUAUUUGGCAUUAUCUCGAAAGUCAGUGCAAACUAAAUGAGUUGACAGUAAUGAUCACAACACAUUACAUCGAGGAGGCUAACAGUGCCAAUAGUGUGGCCUUUGUAUACCGGGGUAAAUGUCUUAAGCAAUCGUCGCCCCAACAGUUGAUUACUGACUACCAGUGCCACAAACUCGAAGAGGUAUACCUCCAGUUAAGUCCCAACAAAAUACCGAUAGCUAUAUAUACGGCCGAAGAGACGCCAGACCUGUCCCUCAAGUUUAUUACAGCCAUUAAUGACAGUCUAUUUGAUUACGAUUUGCACGCGUCUAAUGAGACGGCGUAUCAGAGUGUGAGGGACGGCCACAAUGUCAUGUCACUGGUGUUUGGGCACAACUAUUCAGAAAGUCUUCACAAUCGGCUCCUGUAUCCCAUUGACGUGACCGAUGAGGAACUGGACAGCAGUCAGAUCCGGGUGUACGCCGACAUGUCUAAUAUCAUUGGAUACUACGCUCAACACUAUCUUUGGCAGACUUUCCGUGACUUUUUGACAACUCUAGUGCCGGACACUCAACACAAUCCCCGCGCCCUUUCCCUCCCGAUUGACAUUCACACCAAUGGCGACACUGACUACUCGUUUAGUAAUCUAUUUAUUCCGGGUUUCCUAAUCGGAUGCGCCUAUACUCUGACCCUCACUCUGUCGGCCCUGUUCUCUAUCAACGAUCGGAGUAACGGCCAAAAAGAAAGGGAUCUGGUGACCGUAAUCAAACACUACGGAGAUGUGGAAAGUAUAGCACAAAUGGAGGAGAACUGUGGGGGCGUCUACUUUGUGCCCGCCUUUCAAGGACUGUAUGCCCCGCACUGGGACUCCAACGCCACGGGAAUUAUAUUGGGUUUCACGCAAUUCAGUCGCAAAUCACACCUAAUCCGGGCCACCGUCGAGAGCAUCGCCUUCCAGGCCAAUGACAUAUUAUCCCUCAUGAGGUCCGACAGCAAUGGCAUCAAAAUAGACGGCGUUAUGUCGUAUAACAACGCGUUGUGCCAAACCCUGGCCGACAUAACCGGCCAACUGUUCGUGAGGCCCAACAUAUGCGACACGAUAUCAUUGGGCGCGGCUAUGAUGGCCGGGUAUCAGAUGGGCAUUUGGGACAUCCGUACGGAACCGAACUCA